AUAACAUCGGGUGAAACAUCUGAAGUAAAUUUGUCCCGGGAUCAUUAUUGAGUUGGAUUUCCACUGAGAUCAUUACGGACGUUGCUGUAGAGAAAGAGCUAGAAAGCAGAUUUAACAAGAGCUCCUCGACUGGACCAGAGCAACAGGUUUAAGAGACGUCAAGUAGGAUAUGACAGACAGACUUACUCAAAAAUCUACAAACACCACUCAAGCUUCAACAUCUAACAUUAAGAUGGGAAAGAUGUCAAGCAAACGACUUCUUCGGACCCCGAAAUGCGCACGCUGUCGGAAUCACGGUGUGGUGUCGUGUCUAAAAGGCCACAAGCGUCAUUGCCGAUGGAAAGACUGUCAGUGCACCAAUUGUCUGUUGGUGGUUGAGCGACAGAGAGUUAUGGCUGCACAGGUGUCCCUUCGCAGACAGCAAUCAACUGAGACGACUCCCCAAGACCAAUCAACUGCCCGAGCGAAAGUAAAGAACGCGGCCGCCAUUCUGCAACAGAGAAAGGCCCUGCAACGGAACUUGCGCAACCUUCAGCAACACACCCUCUCCCGACAAAUACUCCAAAACUACCAGACAAGACUGCACACACUUCCGCCCCCAGAGGCACUGCGAUCCGUGCUUCCUAUAAUCAGCGAGAGGAUGCGCAAACGACGGGCAUUCGCGGACAAGGACGUAGAGAAGGCAAUGAUGGAACGAGAAAGACAAACUAUGAUAACCGAUAAAAAGUCGUCUGCACCGUCCCAGGAUUCCCAGUUGUAUCCAAUCGUGUCGACGCUUAAAGCAAUGCGAUCGCGUCAAAACGAGAUGGUUGGAGCGCCCAAGGAGUUUUUACACAAACUGUUCCCCACACAUAAUCCUAAUGUACUGGAGCUAGUUUGGCAGGGAUGUGGGGGCGAUAUGGAGAAAGCGAUCGAACAGAUUGUUUCCACCACGCGCCAAGCAGCUGGGCAAUCAAGCGUGAAUAUGGGAAGGCAAGGGAUGCCUUAUACAUGCCCAAAUAUGGCAAUUAAGCUCCAAUAUCAAACGUUACACAAGAAAGACACCAAUAAAACUGCAUUCGACUCCCCCACACAUCCAGCCUUUGGCGGCCUACCUUUACAUUUAGUCUACCGCCAAUACGAACUCUACAUGGCGCAAAUGGCAGCGUCUGUCACAGCACGUGCACGCGGCAUGGCCCAAACUCAACCAAUACCUACAGAACUAUCUAGUCCAAAACAAUCACUAGCAGCUAAAGAUAUUUUAUCAGAGAAAUCUGCUUUCAAAUCAGUUACAAAAGGACACACUUCAGAUGGGAAAUCACCGAAGACAAAAUCCAAUCCAUCCAUCUCCUUUUCAGUGGAUUCUAUCAUGAACUCAUGACAAAAGGAUUAGUAAAUUGCUCUUAAAAUACAG